AUGACAAGUGAUACAAUGUUUAAUAUCGAAAAUGACGACAAACGUCAUUUCGAUCUGGUCAAUUCCGGUGGCGAAGAUGAUGAUGAAGAACAUCCGAUAUCAUUAUCAUCAACUAGUUCGUCGGAUGAGAAACAGCAAAUCAUCAAAAAUACAAUUGAAACAUUCGAAGACAAAAAGCUAAAUCGAUUAUACGAUGAAUGGUUAGCACUUGAUGGCGAAAUACGAACAUUUGAACCAAAACAUAAAGAAUAUGUGGAAAAGCUCAAUAUAGUUGAAUCCUUGAAGACACAGUACAGACAGGAAUUCAAUAAAUAUAAUAAAAAAGUCAAACAAUUACAACACGACGUUGCUCAACUACGUAAAUCAUACGCGAAAAAAGAAGAAGCAACAAAGAAAAGUACGCCGAAUCCAAUUCUCCGAACUCGAUUAAAUUCCCUUUCAACAUCAAAUCUUGCAUUGAAUCGAAAUGCUUCGUUCGCAAAUUCACCAACACUAGCUCAUCUUCGUCCAUUAGUAGCUGUUAAUUCUUCGCCUUCGCUGGAUAAACUCGUUGAUACUUUAUCAUCUGGUGAACGUCUGAAUCUCAUCUCUCAACAAUUAGAAACUAAUCAACUAUAUCUAUCGCGAAUCUCGGAUACUUUGCCUCGAAAAGAUCCUUAUCUCAAAGUCAUUCUCGGUGGUGUGGAUGUUUCGAUCUUGAAUAAAUCGGAUAAAUGGACUUACAAACAAGAAUAUGAAAAAUUCAAAUUCAUUAUAACUUGUAUUUCAUUAGUUUCUUCACUUGUAAUCUGGUCAUUAACCUCGCGGUAUCGAGCAUUUGAUGCUUUAUUCCAUUUCUUACUUGUUUGGUAUUAUUGCACAUUAACCAUCCGUGAAUCGAUUCUCAUUGCGAAUGGUUCAAAUAUAAAUCCUUGGUGGAGAGCGCAUCAUUUUAUAGCAACAGUAGCAACAGGUAUUUUGUUAACAUGGCCCGAUUCGGAAUCUUAUCAAGCAUUUCGAACCCAGUUCUUUGUUUUUUCGUUUUAUCUUAGUUUUGUUCAAGGUUUGCAAUUCUAUUACCAACGCGGAUGUCUUUAUCGACUCCGAGCACUGGGAGAAACACAUGAUAUGGAUAUCACAAUCGAAGGAUUCCAUCGGUGGAUGUUUCGCGGUCUUUCAUUUUUGGUUCCGUUUCUUUUGUUUGGUUAUUUAUUUCAAUUAUACAAUGCUUAUUCACUGUGGCAAUUAGCUCAUCUAGCCAGCACGCACGAAUGGCAAGUGUAUGUGUUAUCAAUAAUAUUUUUCGUUCUGUUUCUCGGAAAUAUUUGCACAACAUUGAGUGUUUUGCGGGAUAAAUUACGCGAAAAGACUCGGCCGAUCUUGUUGAAACAAAAAUAUCAAAGUUUGAAAACAUUCUUGUCAACAAAUUACCAUCGACGGACAAGAUCAUAUCAACAAGAACGUUCUCGACAAGUUGAUUCGAUUAAAAAUGAAAGAAUUCGAAAACUUUCAAAAGAAAAUUAA